GAGGACGCCCUGCGGAUCCUGCCUCUACUGAAUAUUCAUGAGGGAGGCGGGCCGACGCCGCUUCAAGCCGCGACCUGCGCCAUGAAGCUCAACGUGGACGGGCUGCUGGUCUACUUCCCAUACGACUACAUCUACCCGGAGCAGUUCUCCUACAUGCUGGAGCUCAAACGCACGCUGGAUGCCAAGGGUCAUGGAGUCCUGGAGAUGCCCUCAGGCACGGGAAAGACAGUGUCCCUGUUGGCCCUGAUCAUGGCGUACCAGCGGGCGUAUCCACUGGAGGUGACUAAACUCAUCUACUGCUCGAGGACUGUGCCUGAGAUUGAGAAGGUGAUUGAAGAGCUUCGAAAGUUACUCAACUUCUAUGAGAAACAGGAGGGCGAGAAGCUGUCGUUUUUGGGGCUGGCUCUGAGCUCCCGAAAGAACCUGUGCAUUCAUCCCGAGGUGACGCCCCUGCGCUUUGGGAAGGACGUCGACGGAAAAUGCCACAGCCUCACGGCCUCCUACAUAAGGGCACAGUACCAGCGGGACCCCAGCCUGCCCCACUGCCGCUUCUAUGAGGAAUUUGAUGUCCAUGGGCGCCAGGUGCCCCUCCCCGCUGGCAUCUACAACCUGGACGACCUGAAGGCCGUGGGGCAGCGCCAGGGCUGGUGCCCAUACUUCCUUGCCCGAUACUCAAUCCUGCACGCCAACGUGGUGGUCUACAGCUACCACUACCUCCUGGACCCCAAGAUUGCCGACCUGGUGUCCAAGGAGCUGGCCCGCAAGGCCGUCGUCGUCUUCGACGAGGCCCACAACAUUGACAAUGUCUGCAUCGACUCCAUGAGUGUCAACCUCACCCGCCGGACCCUGGAUCGGUGCCAGGGCAACCUGGAGACCCUGCAGAAGACGGUGCUCAGGCUCAAGGAGACGGACGAGCAGCGUCUGCGGGACGAGUACCGGCGCCUGGUGGAGGGGCUGCGGGAGGCCAGCGCCGCCCGGGAGACCGACGCCCACCUGGCCAACCCUGUGCUGCCCGACGAGGUGCUGCAGGAGGCGGUGCCAGGCUCCAUCCGCACGGCCGAGCACUUCCUGGGCUUCCUGCGGCGGCUGCUGGAGUACGUCAAGUGGCGGCUGCGCGUGCAGCACGUGGUGCAGGAGAGCCCACCCGCCUUCCUGAGCGGCCUGGCCCAGCGCGUGUGCAUCCAGCGCAAGCCCCUCAGGUUCUGCGCCGAGCGCCUGCGCUCCCUCCUGCACACCUUGGAGAUCGCGGACCUCGCUGACUUCUCCCCUCUCACCCUCCUGGCUAACUUCGCCACGCUCGUCAGCACCUACGCCAAGGGUUUCACCAUCAUCAUUGAGCCCUUUGACGACAGGACCCCAACCAUCGCCAACCCCAUCCUGCACUUCAGCUGCAUGGACGCCUCGCUGGCCAUCAAACCCGUGUUCGAGCGCUUCCAGUCCGUCAUCAUCACAUCUGGGACGCUGUCCCCGCUGGACAUCUACCCCAAGAUCCUGGACUUCCACCCCGUCACCAUGGCAACCUUCACCAUGACAUUGGCUCGGGUCUGCCUCUGCCCCAUGAUCAUUGGCCGUGGCAACGACCAGGUGGCCAUCAGCUCCAAAUUUGAGACCCGGGAAGAUAUUGCGGUGAUCCGGAACUACGGAAACCUCCUGCUGGAGAUGUCCGCUGUGGUGCCCGAUGGCAUUGUGGCCUUCUUUACCAGCUACCAGUACAUGGAGAGCACCGUGGCCUCCUGGUACGAGCAGGGCAUCCUUGAGAACAUCCAGAGGAACAAGCUGCUCUUUAUUGAGACCCAAGAUGGGGCUGAGACCAGUGUGGCCCUGGAGAAGUACCAGGAGGCCUGCGAGAACGGCCGUGGGGCCAUCCUGCUCUCGGUGGCCCGAGGCAAAGUGUCUGAGGGAAUUGACUUCGUUCACCACUAUGGCCGGGCCGUCAUCAUGUUCGGGGUGCCCUAUGUCUACACCCAGAGCCGCAUUCUCAAGGCGCGGCUGGAAUACCUUCGGGACCAGUUCCAGAUUCGAGAGAACGACUUUCUGACCUUCGAUGCCAUGCGCCAUGCGGCCCAGUGUGUGGGUCGGGCCAUCAGGGGCAAGACUGACUAUGGCCUCAUGGUCUUCGCCGACAAGCGGUUUGCCCGGGCCGACAAGCGGGGGAAACUGCCCCGCUGGAUCCAGGAGCACCUCACCGACGCCAACCUCAACCUGACCGUUGACGAGGGGGUCCAGGUCGCCAAGUACUUCCUGAGGCAGAUGGCACAGCCGUUCCACCGGGAGGAUCAGCUGGGCCUGUCCCUGCUCAGCCUGGAGCAGCUGGAGUCGGAGGAGACGCUGCGGAGGAUAGAGCAGAUCGCUCAGCAGCUGUAGCGGGGUGGGGGCGGGGCCGUAAAAGGAGUUGGCUGCGACUCCUGAGCCUUACCUGGCCCUGGGUCCCAGCAGCUUGGAGGGCGCCUCCGGGGGAGGCGCUUAAAGGCCCCUGCAGGACACCUCAGGCAGACGUUCUGGCUGCCAAGUCUACAGCCUUUAAUCACAGGAGGAGAGGACAGCGGGGAAGCCCAAGACACUGGGUGCCCCCGAGGGGUGGGAGCGAGUCAGGGAGAUGAAAGGACUCCUGUUCCCUCCUCCCAUCCCGCUCCUCCUGAGAAGCCGCAGCCACGUGGUUCUGUCGCCUUCAGCGGGGGCCCAGGUCCUGGGUGCUGGCGCUGAGGGUCCGAGAGGCCUCGCUCAGGUGCCGGCUGGGGAACUGGGGACAGGCACGGGGUGGGUGAGGGGCAGGACACAGCUCUGCUGCAGCUGCCCCUAGGGCUCCUCCCCAGCAGCCUGGCUGCCAGCUUGUCUGUCCUGAUGGCCAUGUUGCUCGUCCUCCUGUCCCCACGUCCACCCUGACUCCAUCCAUCCGUUCCCCCACCUCUACCCAAGUAAAAGCCAUCCGUGCUCCCUGUCCUGGUGUCCACUCCACCGCCAGCCUGACCACUCCCACCCUUCCCUUGCCUCUGGGCCUGUCAGUGUGUCCCCUCACUCCACCCUUGACCCGGCUGUCCCCCUCACCUGGUUCCCAGCAGCCCUGGUACCAUCCACGUUCAGCAUGUUGAGUGACACGGCUCUCUUCAUCCUACAGAGGAAAGUUGGGGGGUGGGGCACAAGUGAGCCCAGGAGUGUCUGGCUCCCACCCUGGGAGGGACCUCUCCAGCGCCAGGUUUGAUUGUAUGUGUGGCAGGGGAGGUGGGAGCCAUGGAAGGUUCUUGAGCAGGGCAGGGAGAGGGGUGGGCUACAGAUUCGGCCACCAACCUGACCCAACACUCACUCAGCUGCCCCCACCGCCCCCUCGCCUCGGAGCCGGGAGACCAGCUUCUCGCUUCCCCGCCGGAUGGACUCUCGGAGCUUGGAGAAUGAGCUGCUCCGACGAAGGGUCUGGGGAGGGCACCAGGGACACGGGUCAGUCCCCCCCCCAUUCCAUCCAGUCCCCACCUCCACCCUGGGAGCUGAGGCAAAGCCUGUCCUCACCUGCUGUUCUGCGUCACCAGCUGUGCCUGUGUUGGGGGCUCCUGGGGAACAGAUGGGGCCAUUGUGGUGGGGAUGCUGAGCCCCCUGGGGGGGAGGGGAGGGGCUGGGGGCUCACCGAGAGGGGCGGGCAGGGCCUCCCUGCUGAGGAUUUCUUUGUACAGUUCCUCCGCCUGCUGGUACUUGUUCUGUUUCAGGUAGGCUGAGGCCUGCAGGGAGGGCAUAGCCUGGGUGAUCUUGCCUCAAAUCUGGGAGCUUCCCAGGCCCCAGCACUGCACCCAGGCACAUCCUUCCAGCCCCCGCAGGAAGAAGCCCAGGUUUACCCCACACUCCAGGCCUCGGCCGACAGCAGGGUGGGCUUGGAGCCCAACCCCACCACUUCCCAUAGGGUAGGUGACUUCCUGACUCAGAGCAGGAACCUGUUCCCCACUCUACCUUGAGCCAGUGACACACCUCUCUGUGCCUCAGUUUCCUCAUCUGCAAAAUGGGGCAACGGGAGCACCUACCUCAUAGUGCCCUUGAAGAAACGGGACAGUACAGGCAAAGUUCUAAGAAGGGGGUUUAGCUCAAUAAAUGCUCUCAUCUGCUCCCGGCCCGUC